CAGUCCCACUGACAGCGGCCAAGUUGGAAGCCCGGAAGGGAGGCGCUUUUUAAAACUCGUGCACGGGGCCAGGUCAAGCCGUCCUGCCCGUCGCCGCACCGCCGCCCGCCAGCCAGAGCCUCAGGGAAAGAAGUCAAGAGCGGGACGGCGCGGCCAGAAGAAAGGCCGAGAACCGGGGCGCCGACUUAGACUGAAAUCCGAGCCGGAGGGCACGGGAGGGCGAUCGCUCACCUCUGAUUGGCCCUGGGGCGUCAGCGAGGACCCACGCAGCCACUUCGAUAGGUCGGUGCCCGCGAUUGUUGUGGCGGCGGCGAGGAUUUUGCCCACGUACUUCCGAGCCGGAGGCGGGGCCGUGCCGCGGCGCGCUUGCGCGGCGCCCCUGGACCCCACCCGGUAGUUCAAGAACCUGCGAGGGGGCGGGGCGAAGAGGUGCUUGUUUUGGUUGAGUUUCCCUUGACCGGGAAGGCCGGAAAGAACGUAACAAUCAACUUGCCGAACUCUGAGAGUGGGCGACGACACUCGCCGCGCUGCCUGCACCUUCGACUCCACAUCCGGGCUCUUCCCGUCGCGUGACCUGCGCGUCGCCUCCGGCUCUCGAACCCGGUGCCUCGAUCCUCUUUAUCCAGGCCCGCCGAUCCCGUGGUGCUCCGCGCACCACUUUAGCCCCUCAUCCGGGUUCUGUCCCGGCGUGCCGCGCGCCGGGUUUGCUGGGGGGUACUCGGCGGGGCCGCCAUGACUAUUCUCCCCAAAAAGAAGCCGCCGCCUCCCGACGCCGACCCCACCAACGAGUCGCCGCCGCCCGGGCCGCUGCCCCCCGCGCCGCGCCGCGGCGGGGGGGUGGGCGUGGGCGGUGGCGGCUCGGGCGUGGGCGGCAGCGACCGCGACCGUGAGUCGGGUGUCGUGGGGGCCCGGCAGCGGGCCUCGCCGCCGCCCCAGGGCCAGCUGCAGGGGCCGCCGGGCGCACUUCACCGCUGGGCGCUGGCCGUGCCGCCGGGCGCCGUGCCGGGUCCCCGGCCCCAGCAGGGCUCUCCGCCGCCGUGCGGGGGCCCGGGCGGUCCCGGCGGCGGUCCCGGCGACGCGCACGGUGCCGCGGCGGCAGGUGUAGGCGCGGCUGGCGUGGUGGUGGGCGUGGGCGGCUCGGUGGGCGUGGGCAACUGCUGCUCCGGGCCCGGCCACAGCAAGCGGCGGCGCCAGGCCCCCGGGGUCGGGCCGGUCGGCGGGGCCAGUCCGGAGCGCGAGGACGUCGGCGCAGGUUACAACAGCGAGGAUGAGUACGAAGCGGCCGCAGCGCGCAUCGAGGCCAUGGACCCUGCCACUGUUGAGCAGCAGGAACACUGGUUUGAAAAGGCCCUGCGAGACAAGAAGGGCUUCAUCAUCAAGCAAAUGAAGGAGGACGGCGCCUGUCUCUUCCGGGCUGUAGCUGAUCAGGUGUACGGAGACCAGGACAUGCAUGAAGUUGUACGAAAGCACUGCAUGGACUAUCUGAUGAAGAAUGCGGACUACUUCUCCAACUAUGUCACGGAGGACUUCACUACCUAUAUCAACCGGAAACGGAAAAACAACUGCCAUGGCAACCACAUUGAGAUGCAGGCCAUGGCGGAGAUGUACAACCGGCCUGUGGAGGUGUAUCAAUAUAGCACAGAACCCAUCAACACAUUCCAUGGGAUCCACCAAAAUGAGGACGAACCCAUCCGUGUCAGCUACCACCGGAAUAUCCACUACAAUUCAGUGGUGAAUCCCAACAAGGCCACCAUUGGCGUGGGGCUGGGCCUGCCGUCAUUCAAGCCGGGGGCUCCUUUGUCUGUAAAGGUUUCUCACCCUUUCAUGUUUUUGAUGGCCUUGACAGUUUUGAGGAGUACUGGUCAGUUUGCAGAGCAGUCCCUGAUGAAGAGUGCCAUAAAGACAUCGGAGGAGUCCUGGAUCGAACAGCAGAUGCUAGAAGACAAGAAGCGAGCCACGGACUGGGAGGCCACGAACGAGGCUAUUGAGGAGCAGGUGGCUCGAGAAUCCUACCUGCAGUGGCUGCGGGAUCAGGAAAAGCAGGCCCGCCAGGUCCGCAGCUCCAGCCAGCAGCCCCGGAAAGCCAGUGCCACAUGCACUUCCGCCACAGCAGCCGCCUCCAGUGGCCUGGAGGAGUGGACUAGCCGGUCCCCGCGGCAGCGGUCACCUGAGCACCCUGAACUGCAUGCCGAGCUGGGCAUGAAGCCCCCUUCCCCAAGCACUGUCUUAGCUCUUGCCAAACCUCCUUCACCCUGUGCACCAGGUACAAGCAGCCAGUUCUCAACAGGGGCCGACCCAGCGACUUCCCCCCUCGUGUCCCUCUACCCUGCUCUGGAGUGCCGGGCCCUCAUUCAGCAGAUGUCCCCCUCUGCCUUCGGUCUGAACGACUGGGAUGACGACGAGAUCCUGGCUUCGGUGCUGGCAGUGUCCCAACAGGAAUACCUAGACAGUAUGAAGAAAAACAAAGUGCACAGAGAUCCGCCACCCGACAAGAGUUGAUGGAGACCCAGAGACUGGAAACCGUCUCCCAACCCCACCACUCCUGCCCUCCGGUGCCGCCUCACCUCUGGCUUUCUUCCUUCUUGCCGUCUUCCUCCCCUCUCUCGCCUCCUCUCCUCCUCCCCACCUCCCUCUGCCGGCCCACCCCUGCACCUCUCUCUUCGCUGCCGCUGCCGCCAUCAUUGUCUCUUCCCCAGCUGACGUGCCCUGCUGCCCCCCGCACAGCACCAUCCCUGCAACCCACAGGGGACUCGGGCAAGGGUGCCGAAGGUAGGCGAGAGGCACAGAGACCACAACUGGCAGCCAGGCAGCCCCGAGGAGAGACAUUCAGACAAAGGAAAGCCUCCCUGACCCCCCAUUCCUCCCGAGUUCAGCAGACCUUGUCCCCCCACCUCUACGACUAUGCCAGGGAAAGUGGGAGGAAGAAACGGGGGUCCCCCUUCCCAGAACCCUAAGAAUGUCUGAGCCUUCAAUGUUGAAUUUUUUUCUUUAUUAAAAUGUACUUUUAUCUUAUAAAAUUAACCAGUCACAAAUGACGUAGAUAACAGCAUUGACUCUAUGAAGGUGGCAUCUCUCCGGUUUGGGGGCAGGCAGGCAGGCAGGGGGGCACAGAGGGCGCACAGGGACGUGCUGCUGUCUCUGGCCGCCCAGCUCCGUGGAGAUGGGCGGGGUCUGAGUACGAGCCAGGGCGGAGUAGGGGGCCCAGGGUAGCAGGUGUCCCACGGGCUUCGGACAAUAAACUCUGACCUCACUGCAUUCCUAUCGCUUCCACCGCCGCCAGUCCCUGCGAUCGUGGGCUGGGGGCACCUCUGAGGAUGAUAGCCGCCACUCAGGAUCUGAGUGUGGGGAGUGGGAGCAGCCUUGGCAGAUGGGGCACGCGUGCCCUGCAGGUGUUGACAAGAUCCGCCAUCUGUAAUGUCCUUGGCACAAUAAAACCAAAUGUCAGUUUC